AUGGCUGAAGCAGGUCCUUCUAAUUACGCAGCUCGUCAGCAAGUGUUGCCCGAUGGUGCCGUCUCAGAGACAGAUGUGCAAGCCCCUACCGAUGCGCAAGCUGUCUCCGAAAGUGAUGGCAUGAUUGGAGCGGGUCUGAAUUUGCAGGAGCUGCAGCAGCCUCUCUCCAAAAAUGCGCGCAAGCGUCUGCUCAAGAUGGAGAGAUUUGAAGCUCAGAAAGCAGCGCGGCGAGCAAGAGACAAGGAAAAGAAAAAGGAGAAACAAGCUCGAAGAAGGGAAGAAUCGCGAUCAGAAUUGAGAAGUGGAGCAGACGUGGUUCGACAGAGACCGCCGCCGAAGAUUCGCAAACCUUUUGAUGCCGCUGUCUGCAUCGAUCUCGGCUUUGACGACCUCAUGACUGACAAGGCGAGUCGAGACGCUGCACAAUCUGCUGAUCAACGAUCAAGAGUAGAAAUGCUUAUGCAAAUGUCACUUCGUUGCGCAGGAGAUCACUUCCAUGAGCUCUCAGAUUGGCUUCGUGUAUGCCUCGAAUAAGAGCUCAGCCAGCCCAUUUCGCAGACUCGUGUUUAGCGGUCCAGGGCCUCAAAUCGCAAGUCAUUCCGACAAGUCUUCCUUCAACGAAAGCAGUGAUGCUGCUUUCUCCAAAAUGCAGGCGGAUGAGGAGAGCGUCAGGAGUAUAGUUCCUUUUGCAGAAAGUCCGACCGGCAAAAGGAUGACGAGCGCUUGGAAGUGGGAGCUUUGGAAGAAUAUCGAACGCGUGCCCCGAGGUGGUCUGGAGAGCUUGAUCGAUCACGAGCGAGACGCCACGAACGAGCUGAGUCCAGUUACAGCAGGACCCACAAAGGACGUCGCCAGCGAGAGGCGUCUCAACAAGGCGGAUAGUGCUGACUUGGCUGAUGCUGAUGCUGAUGCUUCUUUGGAAGCCGAGCCCACAAUCAAGGCUUUCCGAGCGCAAGACAUCAUCUACCUGACAGCGGAUGGUAGCGAAACAUUGACCGACCUUGAAGCUGGCAAGAUGUACGUGAUCGGUGGCUUGGUCGAUCGAAAUAGACAUAAAGUGAGUGCCCUGAAUGCUGCGUUCCAGGCCUCAAGCGCUUUCGAUCCUAAUUCCUUGCGGAAUGUUUCCUCCCAUCCUGCCUAGAACAUUUGUCUUGACAAGGCGAGAGCGUUGGGUGUGCGGGCUGCAAGGCUACCUAUCGACGAAGAGCACCUCGAUCAUCGCGCCUUGAACUCCAGGAAAGUUCUCACUGUCAAUCAAGUCUUUGACAUUCUUCUCGGCUGGUGAGUAGCAGUGCGAAACACGAUAGCACCCCACCAUGCCUUGCGCUGACCCAGCCACACUUUGUCCAGGGUGGAGACGCGCGACUGGGCAUCCGCACUAGAUCGAGGCGUACCGGGACGCAAGUUUGCCGAAGAGACAAAGAGUCAAAAACGAGCAAGGCUAGCUUCUGCUUCUUCCUCCACUGAUCAUGAGCGCGGAGCUAUCAUGCAACAGCUUUCUGCCCUCGAAAAUGAGCACGAAAUACCCGCAUUCCAAAAUGCCAGCGCUUCCGAGGGCCUAGACGAGGAUGAGCUUUACAAUUCGUCGAACGUCGACCGAUGA